AUGUUAUCUAAGUUUCAGUUGCAUUCUAAACCGCUCUUUCUCACACGCUCAUUAAUUAGCGUUGAUGGAAGAUCCAAACAUACUGAAAAACACAAUGAUGAUGAUUAUAAUUAUUUUAAACAUAGUAUCUUACCUACCGAUCAUUUUCAAUAUAGUUUACCACGUUUGCCCAUACCCACAUUAGAUAAUACAUGCAAACGUUAUUUAGCAGCUUUGAAACCAUUACUAUUGUCUAAAAAUGAAAAUGAAAACGAUAGUAAAUCUUAUCAACAAACAUCAAAAUAUGUUGAAGAUUUUCGUGUAAAUCAAGGUAAAAAAUUAGACGAUGAUUUACGUCAGAAAAAUAAUCUUAAUCGUGCAACAUCCUACAUUAGCAAACCAUGGUUUGAUAUGUAUUUAAAAUCCCGUUUACCAUUAAUAUUAAAUUUUAACUUUUUUCUCGUAUUUAAUGAUGAUAAACGACAACAAAAACCCUUUGCAAGAAUUACAAAUUAUAUUAUAUCAUCUAUACGUUUUAUGAAAACAUUACGUUCAAAUAGAUUAGAUCCGGAAGUGUAUCAUUUAAAUCCUAAAAAAACGAAUACGGAUUCAUUUCGAAAAUAUUUACGUUUUGUUCCAAAACGUUUUUCAUUUUAUGGCGCUUAUUUAAUGAAAGCAUUUCCAUUAGAUAUGAGUCAAUAUAAUCGUUUAUUUAAUUCGACACGUAUACCAAAACAAAACUGUGAUAUAUUAGUAACAGAUAUUGAAAAUAUUAAACAUAUUAUUGUUAUUAAAGGUGGACAUUAUUAUAAAGUGACAGUUUUAGAUGAACAAGGACAUAUGUUGUCCCCAAAAAAUAUAGCUUCAACAAUGAAAUAUUUAUGUGAAGAAAUUGUAGAAAAAGAUAAUCCAUUUCCAUUAGGUUAUUUUACUGCUGAUGUUCGAGAUCGUUGGGCAAUGAUACGAGAAAAAUUAGAAACAAAUGAACAUAAUAAGAAAAUAUUUGAUACCAUUGAUCAUUCGAUAAUGUUAAUUUGUUUAGAUGAAGAUAGUGAAACUGAUCUUAAUCGUAAUAUGACUGAAAAACAGCGUGCAGAAUAUGCUGCUAAAGCUUAUUUAUGUUAUAAUGCUAAAAAUCGUUGGUUUGAUAAAACGUUUAAUAUGAUUAUGUUAUCAGAUGGUACUUUGGGUUUAAAUUGUGAACAUUCAUGGGGUGAUGGUGUGGCGUUGAUGCGUUUCUGCAAUGAUAUUGAUAAAGAUGCGACUGAAAAUCCAAAACUGGAUUCUUCUUCCAUUAAUCAAACAUCUGCCUCUCGUGAAAAUAUUGAAAAAUUAGAAUUUCAGUUAACAGAUGAGAUAAAAUCCGAAUUAGAACAAUCAAAACGUAAUUAUGAACAAUUUGUUGGUAAAUUCAAUGUUAAUGUUUACAAAUCAAAUGUAAUUGGUAAAAAUUCAAUGAAAAAAUCACAAUUGAGCCCCGAUAGUAUUAUGCAGUUAGGUUUACAGUUAGCCUAUUAUAAAUUAUAUCAAAAAUUUGUUGGCACCUAUGAAUCAUGUAGCACGGCUGUGUUCAAACAUGGACGAACAGAGACCAUACGUCCGGUGACAAUGGAAACUAGAGAAUUUAUUGAAAAAGUUGAACAAAAACAAGCCAAUCCAGAGAUGUUAAAAAAAUGUUCAGAUAAACAUCAACAAUUAAUUAAAGAAGCAGCCAUGGGUCAAGGUUUUGAUCGACAUCUAUUUGCUCUAAAAUAUUUACAAGAAGUUGAAAAGAAAGAACAACUACAUCCAAUUUAUACUGAUACAUCUUAUCAACUCAUUAAUCAUAACAUUUUAUCAACUUCGACUGUUGCCUCAAAACAUAUUGCAGCUGGUGGAUUUGGACCAGUUGUAAAUAAUGGAUUUGGAAUUGGAUAUUUGAUUGAUGAUGAUCAAUGUGGAUUAUUAGUUACAUCGUAUCACGAAAAAGAAUUAAAAGAUUUUGUUGAUACAGCCGGUGAAAGCUAUAAAAAUAUAAAUGAUAUAAUUAAACAAUAG